CCCACCACCCCCUAUAGUAUAGUCCCUUAAGUGUCAUUUUCUCACAUAUACUUUACACAAAAGAAACAGCCAUUCACUUCACAUACCUUGUCUUCUCUCUCUCUUUCUCUUUGCCCUCUUCUCUCAAUCUCAAAUCUCUCCUCUGCAACUACUCCAAAUUCAUUCAAACUCCAUCCACAAAAUCUUAUUAAUUACCCUCACCUAGCACCCACAACAAAUUCCACACUCUCUUCAAAAUCCUUCAAAACCUUCAUACUAUAUAUACUACACAAUAUUAUUGCACGGCAAAAGGAAAAGAUCAAAGUACACAACUAAACUAAGAGCUUGAGAAGCCAAAUAGGCUUUUUUUGGAUGGAGCUGUUCCCAGCACAACCAGAUUUGUCCUUACAAAUCAGCCCUCCAAACACCAAACCAACAUCAAGUUGGAGGAGAAGCACAGAAGAAGAGAUGGAUUUGGGGUUCUUGAAGAGAGCUUUGGACUCUAGAAACUCCAUAACAUCAAUGGCCAAACAAGACUCUUGCUUCAACCUCUCACUCUCUAAUCCAAAAGCCUCAGACCCCAACCUCAUUCACCACUUCCAAAACGGUGCCAACAACAACAACAGCAACAGCAACAGCAACAACAACCCCUUCCAACCCUUUCAACAAAACCACUACUUCCACCAGCCACUGUUCCAGCCUCAGCACCACCAAAGCCUAAGCCAAGACCUUGGCUUUCUCAGACCCAUUAGAGGAAUCCCCGUGUACCAAAACCCUCCUCCAAUACCAUUCACCCAACACCACCACCACCACCACCAUCAUCUCCCUCUAGAACCUUCCUCCACCACCCCAUCUUCUAUUAUUUCCAACACAAACUCACCCUCCACCCCUUUCCACUCUCAGGCUCUCAUGAGAUCAAGGUUCUUGUCACGCUUCCCUGCCAAGCGUAGCAUGAGGGCUCCAAGGAUGCGUUGGACUUCCACCCUCCAUGCUCGCUUUGUUCAUGCCGUUGAACUCUUAGGUGGCCACGAAAGGGCCACGCCUAAAUCAGUUCUUGAGCUAAUGGAUGUGAAGGAUCUCACUUUAGCACAUGUUAAGUCUCAUUUACAGAUGUACCGGACGGUGAAAACUACAGAUAGGGCAGCGGCUUCAUCAGGGCAAUCGGAUGUGUAUGAUAAUGGGUCGUCUGGAGAUACUUCCGAUGACUUAAUGUUUGACAUAAAAUCCUCAAGAAGAUCUGAUCUAUCCAUUAAGCAGGGAAGAUCAAGUGUUAAUCAAGAUAAGGACUAUCAUGGCCUUUGGGGCAACAAUUCCAGGGAAGCUUGGUUGCAUGGGAAGACAAAGGCUGAUUCUGUUGGAAACGUGCAUUCUCUUGAGAAGGAAAUGGAUCCAAAGUGCCUAAGCUAUGAGAGAAUAUCAGAUGGAAGUUCAUCCUCAAACCUUUCAGGAUCAAGCCCUAAGAAGCCUAAUUUGGAUUUGGAAUUCAGCUUGGGGCAGCCACUUUAAUUUGAGAUCUGGAUAUAUAUUAUUCAUGAUUAACUAUUAUGAAACUGAAAGAGGUAGAGCGCAGGAAUAUGAGAAUCAGGAACCCGCUGAGAAAAUCAGAGAAAGAGAAAGCUAAAAGAAAACAAAAGAGAAAAAAAAGAAAAGCAAAAGGAGCUAAAGAAACACAAGGAGACAAGAAAGACAGAAAGCAACAAAAGGAAGGGGUGGGGGAAAAAAGCAUGGCCUUCCUAUCAGAGUUCUUGUGAGAUCCAAAUCAACAUUUUAUAUUUUCUUGGUAAAUAUAUGAAAUCUAAUUGAUUUGUAUGUUUUUGCAAUCUGAGAGAAAGAAAGAGACAUGAGAGAGAGAGAGAGAGUGAGUGAGUGAGAGAGAGAGCUAUGUUAAAAGUAUGAAGUGAUCCUUGGUAAUUGUAAUGGAGCACUUUACAUUUAUGAAAUAUUUAGAUAUUUCCACCAAA